AUGAUUAGAAGAAUCCCAGUAUCUAAAACCAUCGCCACCGGUCAGCGUCGUUUAUACUCCAGUGUGAAACCCCUGGACAAAGGAACCGUGCAAACCGUUGAUUACCAAUCGAACAUGGACAUCCCCCCUAAUUCCACAAUGUUCUCAUUAAUCCAACCAACCAACCGGUUUCAUAUAGGCAAUUACUUGGGGACCAUCAAGAUCUGGAGAGAUUUGGCUAACAAUCCUAACGUCCCAGCCUCGGGAUCUAAGCUUAUCUUUGGAUUAGCCGACCUCCAUGCCCUUACCUCUCCUAAAGAUCCAAAACAGUUUAAAAACGCCAGAUUGGAAGCCGUGGCCAGUAUCAUUGCUUCGGGAAUCGAUCCUAAACAGGCCAUCUUGUUUUCUCAAUCAGCAAUCCCUGAACAUUGUGAAUUGUAUUGGUUGUUAUGCUGUCUUACCGGAAUGGGUCAAUUGAACAGAAUGACCCAAUGGAAGGCCAAGAGUCAAGUCUCAGGCAGCACAGAAACCUCGGUUUUCGAGCCAGAAGUAUUAAAGAAGGCCUAUGCUGGGGUUUUCAUGUAUCCGGUGCUACAGGCCGCUGAUAUCUUGUUAUAUAGAUCGACCCAUGUGCCCGUUGGCGAUGAUCAAACACAACAUUUAGAAUUGACGCGUACCAUUUGCGAAUCGUUCAACAAGACUUAUAAAAAUUACAACUUCCCACAACCAAAGACGAUUUUGGCCCCAACGAAGAAAGUGUUGUCAUUGAGAGAUCCAACUAAAAAAAUGUCGAAGUCCGAUCCCGACCAAAACUCGUGUAUUUACAUUACUGAGGACGCCAAGACGAUUCAGAAAAAAAUCAGAAAAGCGGUGACGGAUUCAAUUGAUGGGGGUUACUAUUUCGAUCCCGUCAAUAGACCAGGGGUUUCCAACCUACUCAACGUGGUCAGUGGGUUGCAGAAUUGUCAUGUCGAUGAAAUUGUCAAGGAUAUUAACGAUGUGAAAAAGCUUCAAAAUCACAAAGAAUUGAAAGACUAUGUCAGCGAAGCGAUAAUAGAAGGAUUGAAGAGUUGUAAGACCACUUUUGCACAAUUGAUGGAGGAUAAAAGCUACUUGGAAGCGGUGAUAAAAGAAGGUAAUGAUCAAGCGAGGGAAAUUGCUCUGAAGAACAUGAAGCAAAUAAAGACCGCAGUGGGUCUCAAUUAG